GUCAGUAUUUAGUGUGUGUGUUUAAGGUCAGCAGCGAACCGUGCCGGUCAAUUAUCUGGUCCAAAAGUCAACUUAGAGUCACCUGGGACGGGAUGAUCCACACCCCACGCCCUCGCGCAGGUGACAACGGGGCGACCAGGUGUAGGGCAGGUGGCGCCUCACCUUUAGCCUAUAUAACUGCAGUGUAGGGGUGUGUGCGACAGUCGAGGUUUGUGCAUCGCCACGUAGAGGCACAAGUACACACGCACGCAAGGGCACCAGCGAUGAGAGGACUCAUGUUCCUGGUGGUGGUGAGCCUCUUGGCAACACCCGUCACGGCUGCCGAGGAGGUGCUAACGUGGCUGCUGCACCGCCCGCUGCAGAAAGCGCCAAGGGGACGGUAUAACGCUCGGGACCUCUCCGUCGUCGUCGCCUCCUCCUCCUCCUCCUCCUCGUCAUUUUAUGACCCUUACCAGGAUCUCCGGCUAUGUAACAGUGACCGAGUGUGUGAGCGGCGCGAGUUCUGUGACCAGCACUACGGCGUGUGCCGGACCAGGGUGAAGGCGGGACAGCAUUGUCGCCGGGACGCCAUGUGUGGCCGAGACCUGGACUGCCUGUCCGGAGUUUGCCAGGAGCGCGUGGAGCCGGGCAGUGAGGGGGCCAGGUGCCGCAAGGAGAAGGACUGUGGCCCUGACAUGUGCUGUGCGCGCCGCAACGGCGAGUAUGUCUGUCAACGCCGCCUUCCGCUCGGUCACAAGUGCUAUGUGCCUGAGGGCGGCCCGGAGUACGCCAUCAACGAGAGGUGCCCCUGCCAGAUGGGCCUCAUCUGCAAGUACACCAGCCCAGAGCCUCCGCCGCGCAACCCGGCGGAGUUCUGGGCCACCUAUGAGCACAUGAGGUGUGUACCGCCCUCCCACAGUCCGCACGCCAGCUGAUCCCCGAAACACCGACACGAAGGACCAAGUGAGGUGUACUACCUACCCACGACCCAUGGGUCGAGAUGACCCAUCGCCAUCUGUCUGCGAGGCGAAUCACGAUCCUAUGAAGUCCAGACCGUUGUAGCUCGGCACGGGGGUGCACGAUGCAGACACUUCUUGCAGCGGCGCGGACCUGCGUCAAGCCCGCCCGCCAGAGUUCAGCCUCCGGCAGGGCUAGCCCAAGGUGAAGGAGAGCAGCAGCAGCAGGGCAGCAACGGGAGGACGCGUGACAACGUGGGCGUUGUGACCAAUAAAAUGCCGGUGACCGAUACUUCUUUUACAUGACACACACACACACACACACACACACACACACACACACACCACCACCACUACCACCACCUACAAUACACUCUACACUUCAGCCUAUAAGUGCCUGGAAUGUUAAGUGCAACUUUGGCCCGGUUAUUGUAAAACAAAUAAA